CAUGAUAUUUCUAUAAUAUUAAUAAGAAUAUGUGUGACAAAUAAGAAUGUAUAAGGAUUACGUGAACUAAUCCAUGCGUAACGGAUUGUGAAAAUCUUUUGAAAAUAUUAUAUAAUAUAUUUCCAAUAGCUUUUUGAGAAAUGGAUACAGAUCUAUACAGAUCUUUUCUGGUGGACUUUCUAGCUGGAGGUCUAUCCGCAGCGAUUGCGAAGACUGCAGUCGCUCCUUUAGAGAGAGUGAAACUGUUGCUGCAAGUGCAACAUACCUCGAAACAGAUCAAACCUGAGGAGCGAUACAAGGGUAUGCUAGACGCAUUUGUACGUAUACCUAAGGAAACGGGACUUAUCAGCUUCUGGAGAGGCAAUUUUGCUAAUGUACUCCGUUAUUUUCCGACUCAAGCCCUCAAUUUCGCGUUCAAGGAUAAGUUCAAAACCCUGUUCCUGGGAGACGUGCCAACAGACGCGUUCUGGCGACAGUUCAUUGGAAAUUUAGCGGCUGGCGGUGCCGCGGGUGCGACAUCGUUAUUAUUCGUCUACCCCCUUGACUUAGCUCGCACUAGAUUGGCCGCCGAUAUCGGAAAAGGCGAAAAACGGGAAUUUAAGGGUAUAGCUGACUGCAUAUUAAAGAUAUUUAAAUCAGAUGGACUGCUGGGGCUGUAUCGUGGUUUCAAUGUCAGCGUGCAAGGAAUUAUUAUAUAUCGAGCGACGUAUUUUGGAUUUUAUGAUACUGUGAAGGGUAUGCUGCCUGAUCCGAAGAGCACACCGUUGUAUAUAAAUUUUAUAAUUGCCGAGAUGGUAACAACGAUAGCGGGCAUCGUAUCUUAUCCUUUUGAUACAGUCAGGAGACGAAUGAUGAUGCAAUCGGGCCGAAGUAAGGCUGAUAUGAUGUACAAAAAUACAUUAGAUUGUUGGAUAAAAAUAACAAAAACUGAAGGAUCUGCAGCUUUUUUUAAAGGCGCAUUCUCUAACAUUCUUCGCGGUACCGGCGGUGCUCUUGUUUUGACGUUGUAUGAUUCGAUUAAAGAAUCAAUCGAAAAAACAAUCUCGAAAAAUUUGUGAAAUUUAUAAAUUUUACUGCGAUGUAUAUAAAAGAUCGUCUUAUAAAUGUAUAUGAUUAAGAGACUCAUUUAAAUUUAUAUACAUAAGUAUAGUGGAAUAUAUAUACAUAUAUGCAGAGAGAGGGGAGGGAGAUGAGAAGGCGGAAAGAGAGGGA